CCCAUACACUCCCGGCUCUUCCCUCCGCCCGGGUUGAAACUGCCUUGCGCUCUGUGGGCGUCUUAUAUAGUCCGUUUCAAACUCACCAUGAGAAUCUCGGGAGCUUCCCAUCUCUCUCCAGGUCUGUCUUGCCCCCGAUUGCAGCGUCUCUCGCAGCGAGCGGGGGCGAGGACGCGCUAUUUUGCAGCCUGAAAAAGAGGGGAAAGGAAGAGAAAGCGGGGGAUUCCUUGCGAGGAGCCAGAAGAAAGCCGGCAGAGGCAGGAGAUGGAUGGUGGGGAGACUCGGGCGUUCCUAACUCCGCCAGCACAUUCCAGGAUGGUGCUCCAAAAGGAUUCGUUCCCCUACAUUUGAUUCUUCUCCUCUCCUGCUUCUUUGCCCAGGAGUUAGAGACCUUAAGAUGUCUUUGGCGUUGGGGCUCCUGGGCUUAGUUCUUCUGCAUACAGCCCUUUGCAAUUACUCAGAAGAUCAGUGUAGCUGGAGGGGGAGUGGUCUGUCGCAGGAAUCGGGCAGCGUGGAACAGAUCUCCUUGCACUGUGCUGAGGGAUCCCUGGAGUGGUUGUACCCAGCAGGAGCCUUGCGUCUGAGCCUUUUCCCCCGCCUUCCCACAGGCACCACCGGCAGAGAGAACCCCAGGCGGGUGACAGCCUGCAUCAAGUCCUCCAACAGCUUCCGAGGAGCUCAGAUUUACUUGGAGAGGGAUGGUGUCUUGGAGCUCCUCCUCUCGGAGGCCGACGCUACCUUGCAGCCCAAGGUGCGCUGUUUUAGCUGGCUGCCCAAGGAGAAGGUUGCUCUCUUCCUCCAGUCCACCUUGCACCAGGACAUCAGCCGCCGGAUCGCUGCCUUCCGCUACGAGCUGCGGGGUGACUGGAACUCCCGCUUCUCGUGGCCGUCCAGAAACCUCAGCAUGGAAGAUGCAGGGAGCUGCCGUCCGUGUAACAACACUGAGAUUCUGAUGGCUGUUUGCACUAGUGAUUUUGUCAUCCGUGGCAAUAUCCGGACAGUCUCCAAUGACAUGGAGUCGCAAGAAUCCAUCAUCAGUGUCAGUGCCACCCGGAUCCACCGCCAGAAGUUUGCCUUGUUCCAACCGGUUGGCAAAUAUGGGAAAUCCACGGGCAGCAUCCGUACUCUGCUGCGGUGUGGAGUGAAGCCGGGACCUGGCAGCUUCCUUUUCACUGGGUGGCUGCAUUUUGGGGAGGCCUGGCUCAGCUGCGCUCCUCGCUACAAAGACUUCCGCCACAUCUAUGAGGGUGCACGCCAAGCUCACGAAAACCCCUGCGAAGUCUCCUUGGACUGAUUUGUUGAUGGGAAAUGGGUGGCAGGAGUCGAUUUUGCCAGGAGGGCAGGAUCCACACACACAAACCACACCGUGACCAUGCUGGAAAUGGCAUUUCCUGGCUUAACAGUGGGAGACGAGAGCUGUCUUUUGAACCCAGAGGGAACAAGCUCUUUUCUUUCCUGUAUGAGACUGAUGGCCCUACUAUAACUUUCUCAUUGGUCUCUCCAGCAAAGGGAGGAAUUGUAGGCCAAGCAAAAAGGCAACUGAGGUGCUCUCUGGUUAGGUUGGAACAUGCCACAAAUUGCAUAAAGGGAAUUGAGACUCUCCCAGUGUGGGAAAUGUUGUCUUGCUCAGGACUUCUUUAUCCUAUUAUUUACUGGAGCGCCAAAUCAAACCCAUACCUAAAAAUAAGUGCAUGAUGCCCUUCCUGAGUUCCGCCCUCCCCCCAGCAAACCCCUAUUGCUAUUGCCUAUGGAUUGCAUAUGCAUUACCAUCCCUCCCAACAGGAAAUAGCAUCACAGACAAGCAUCACAGACUUCAUUCACUGCUCCUGCCUCCUUCCCAGUUUCUGGAGGAGCUAAGGAAGCCUGCAAAGCGACCUCGUCUGUCUCUCCCUUCUGCGGCUUCCUUGACAAGAGAAACACCAGGAUUACAUCUCGGUCAGUGACCAAAAACAUAACAGGAAUGAGAUUCCCUUUUGAAAAAGUACAGUCUUGAUUUUCGUUGGAACACCUUCAUUCAAUCAAACGUGGCAGAAGACAUCAGGUAGGAAGACAAAGCGAGCAAGCAGUAGAAGUGAGAAGUCUGUUUGCCUCUUCUUGGGCAGGUGAUUUUGCAGGCGGGCCUCAGACCUCCAUGUGAAUUGGUGAAUGGCAGGCCGGAUCAUUUCCUGCUGCCAAAUCAGCCAAUGGUGGCAGGAAUUUGGAAGGUGGUCCCCUGGGCACAGGACCAACCGCCCAGUGGCCGCGCUUAGCCCUACGCCCAGGGCCAGGAUAU